AUGCUGCGUAACGCGACAAAACCACUUGCUUCUGCUGCACGAUCACCUCAGCUCCUUAUCCGUGCUGCCUCUACCGCCUCUGCCACGCCGGCCAAGACGCGUCCAUACCGUCAGAAAGCGAACGCCGCUUCUCCCCCCUCGUCUCUCCCUCCCUCCUCCCGAACCGGGAAAAACCAGGCUUUCCGACGGAAGAAAAGCAGCACUGGUGGAGAAGAGAUACGGCUCCUCUCUCCCUACGUUCUUUCUCAGCGGUUGAGACAGAUCAUCGGGGAGAAGGGACUGGAUGAGGCCGUGGCGUACCUCCAGUCAAUGCCGCGCGACGCGCAAAACACUCCCGUCUGGAACCUAGUAAUAAAGGAGGCGGGCGCGGUGGGACGAUGUAAACUGGCAUACAAGCUUUACAUUGAUAUGAAAAGGCGCCAUUUCAAACCCAACACACGCACGUUUUCUGCUCUUGCCGCCGGCCUGGCCACAGUCACAGACUGGGAGAAUCACCCCAGUUUACUUGAACUUGCACACUCCGCAUUCGACGAUUAUUGGGCCUUAAUGCAGGAGAUCAAGACGAACGAUUCUACCAGCCCAGAACUCGCCUUGAACCCGUUCAACGCCUUUCUUCGCCUGUUCACCAAGGCAAAACAGUGGCAGAAAGCUCUCGACCUGUACAACUCUCUAGACGACGAAGGCCCACUAUCCCCCACUCACUUCACUUACUCUGCCGUGAUUCUCGCUCUGGAAAUGCCAGGCGAACGACUUGCCGCUGACAUACGUCACCUAUGGCGACAAAUCCAGAAACGGAUUGACAACGGCGCGGACACCCAGCUGGACGCUCAUGUGCUCACUCCUCUCGUUUCCGCUCUUACCGGCGGUCGCUCUGCAGACCACAUCAUGGCCUUCGACAUUGUCCGAACGUAUGUGGGGUACGCACAGCCCGGCGACCAAGUGCCAGCAACUCCACCAGUCGCCUUAAGCUCGCACCUAUUCUUCACGAUCCUCACCCUCUGCUUCGAAACGCAGAAGUACAGACGCUGCAUACAGUUCCUCCGCAAAGCCAUGGUCAGCGACCAGCGCAUCAUCGACUUCCGCCACCUGAACUUGGCCCUCCGCGCGUGCCACGCGCUCGCCAUGCAAGGCUCCCUCUACGACGCCUCCGACGCGCUCCAGCUGCUCGAGUGGGCGUACGAACGCAGCGCGUCCUUCCCCGCGCACGACCCCCGGGACGAGCUCGUGCGCACCGCCCAGCACACCACCACGCUCGCGAUCUGCGCGCACACCACGGACUGGCCCGCCGCGCUCCGCGUCUUCCAGCUCAUCACCGGCCACGCCCCCGAGGACUUCGCGGACGGCGCCCCCGCGCGCCCGGCGCGCCCUUCCCCGCCGGCGCGCGGGCACCUCCCGCGCGAGGUGUACCCGCAGGGGCUCACGUACUUCGUGCGCACCGCGCUCUCGACGGACGACCCCGCGGUGGCGCGCCAGUGCCUCCGCCUCGUGGACGCGGUCGGCCUGCGCAGGGUGCUCGGGCGCGACCGCGUCCGGCUCGCGGGCGGCGACGAGGGCGGCGAGAUGCAGCAGACCGCGCGGUUCUUCGGGCAGCAAGCCACGAUGGCCGUCGUCGCGCUCGCCAACGCGGCCCUCCACGCGAAGGCGGACGUGGACGUGGACGCGGACGAUGCGGAGGCCCGGCGCUGGCGCACGCUCCGGAAGCUGGCGCACGAUCUCGUGCCUGCGGAUUCGAAGAAGGAGCGGCGGCCGUCCUCGGUGCUUGAAGAGCGUCCACGGGUGACCACGCAGGAGCUCAAGGCGAUGGACCAGGACGUGAAGUUGGACAUGAUUACCCGAGACUCGAAGAUCCGGAGGAGCUGA